AUGAGGUCAUUGAGCAAUGAGGUUCAGGAGAAGGGGGACGCCGCGCAGGCACCGGCAGCGGGCACGACCACCUCGCCCCCCGCCUCGUCCACCUCCGCCGCAGGCACAUUCGUACUAUUCUUGGUGGUUGCUAUGGAACCACCUCCGUUGCCGCCAAGAGAUGUGCCUGGUCUGGGGUGUGUAAACAAACAUCCCACGGCGCUAGCAAGGGGCUCAGGUUCCGGAGGCGCUCCACUUCAGUCCACUGGUUGA